AGAGAGUAAAACCUCUGCGUGGAAAAUUUCAUGAGCCAAACAUCCAGUUAAGGAGGAGGACAGAGACACCACAGAAGAAGAGGAAUAAAAACAAGACGACGGAUAGAAAGAGUAGAAGAAGAGAAGUCUGAGUAGAAGAAGAAAGCGUUCCAGCUGCUGAUCCGUGGAGUGUUUUCAAGGAUUUCUGAGACAAACAUCAAACUUUGAGCCGGAGGUGGAGAGACUCAGAGACGCCAGGAUGUCCGUGUCUCGGAGGUGUCUGUGCUGUGUCAAAUAUCUCAUGUUCGUCUUCAACCUCAUCUUCUGGCUGGGCGGCUGCGGUCUGUUUGGCGUCGGCGUCUGGCUCUCUUUCACUCAGGCCGAGUUCUCCUCCCUCCCUCUCUCCUUCCCGUCUCUGUCGGCCGCCAACCUGCUGCUGCUGGCUGGGGGAAUCACCAUGGUGACGGGCUUCCUGGGCUGUCUGGGCGCUCUGAAGGAACAGCGCUGCCUGCUGGUCAUGUUCUUUGUGAUCCUGCUGCUGCUCGUCCUCACUGAGGUCGUUCUGGUGCUGGUCAUCCACGUCUUCCAUGACAAGCUGGACGCUAAAGCUCAGGAUGAGCUGAAAGAAGGAAUGAAGAUCUACCCAACAGAACCAGGACUGAAGAAAUCCUGGGACAACGUCCAGAAAAUGUUCAAGUGUUGUGGAGUGACCAAUAAGACAGACUGGUAUGAGGUCCUGAACGGUACCCUGCCCUCGUCCUGCUGCUCUGUGGGGUCAGAUCUGUGUGUGGAUGGAUGGAGCGAGCCGUGCUACCAGAAGGCUCGGCAGUGGUUGCUGGAUAACAUCCCAUCGGUGCUGGUGUUUGGAGUGUGUAUCGGUGUAGUUCAGAUCCUGGCUCUGGUCUUCUCCAUGCUCAUGUAUUGUCAGAUUCUGUGUGCAGAGAAACAUCUGGACUGAACUCAGGUCACUGAUGGAGGAUCCUGUCCCGGUCAGAUCCAUCACUAAUGGACUCAUUGACAGCUGAUAGUGUUCCUUGUAGAGUUCUGUUUGUUGACUGAUGGGAGCUAAACCAGACCGUUCCUCUGUAAGCUGUAAAUAAAUCUGUCUAAAGACUU